ACCCCACGAACUGAUGCUUACUCACAAGGCUAGAACCGUCAUUACGUAACCUAACCGCCCUUUUUUUUUUAUUUCCCUCGCGUCCCCUUCAAGCCAGUCUUCGAUAAGCAACGGCUACCCUCGAAGAGACCGAGAGGGAUGAAUUAUGAGCAGAGGCUCGCGGCAGCCACAAUGAUCAUCGAAUCGAAAUCACACGGAGAAAGCGGUUAUGCAACUUCGCCUUUUGACGCCACAGAAAUCGGCGUCACGGCGACGCUAAAACCUCACCAACUUGAAGGCAUCUCGUGGCUUAUACAGAGAUAUCACCUCGGUGUUAAUGUUAUCCUCGGAGAUGAGAUGGGAUUAGGGAAGACCUUGCAAGCCAUCUCUUUCUUAAGUUAUUUGAAAGUUCAUCAGAAGUCACCUGGACCAUAUUUGGUGUUGUGCCCUUUAAGUGUGACAGAUGGAUGGGUGUCAGAGAUAGCCAAAUUCACCCCCAAACUGAAAGUCCUUAGGUAUGUCGGUGAGAAAGAACACCGGCGCACUUUGCGCAAGACAAUACAUGAACAUGUGAAAGAGAUUCCUUCAUCAUCCGAUGUAUCAUUGUUGCCUUUUGAUGUGCUACUGACAACAUAUGACAUUGCAUUACUGGAUCAAGAUUUUUUGUCACAGAUUCCAUGGCACUACGCUAUAGUUGAUGAAGCUCAGAGACUUAAAAAUCCAAAGAGCGUUCUUUAUAAUGUUCUCAUAGACCAGUUCCUCAUGCCAAGACGGUUGUUGAUGACUGGCACACCCAUCCAGAAUAAUCUCACUGAACUCUGGGCUCUGAUGCAUUUUUGUAUGCCUUUGGUGUUUGGAACCCUGGAUCAGUUCCUUUCCACGUUCAGGGAAGCUGCUGAUGCUUCAUCAGAUCAUGAUGCAACAAAGGUCAAGCGGCAAUUCAAGACUUUAAAAAGUAUAUUGAAAUCCUUCAUGCUUCGCAGAACAAAAUCUAGGCUUAUAGAGUGUGGAAACCUAGUGCUGCCAUCAUUGACUGAGAUUACUGUGAUGGCUCCACUGGUCAGCCUGCAAAAGAAAGUUUAUACCUCAAUUUUGAGGAAGGAGCUUCCAAAACUUCUUGCACUGUCUUCUUCAGCUUCCAAUCAUCAAUCUCUGCAGAAUAUGGUAAUACAACUAAGAAAAGCAUGCAGCCACCCUUACCUCUUUCAUGGUAUUGAGCCUGAGCCAUAUGAAGAGGGUGAACACCUAGUUAAGGCCAGUGGGAAACUUAUAAUUUUGGAUCAACUACUUGAGAAGCUACAUGAUUCUGGACAUCGUGUGCUUCUCUUUGCUCAAAUGACACACACACUUGACAUUUUACAGGAUUUUCUAGAGCUUCGAAAGUAUUCAUAUGAGCGUCUUGAUGGUUCAGUUCGAGCUGAGGAGCGUUUUGCUGCAAUAAGAAGUUUUAGUGGACAGUCAGGGAGCUCUGGUUCUGAAUCUGAUCAAAAUAGCUCUUUUGUUUUUAUGAUAUCUACAAGAGCUGGAGGAGUUGGCUUGAAUCUCGUGGCUGCAGAUACGGUUAUAUUCUAUGAGCAAGAUUGGAAUCCUCAGGUUGACAAACAGGCUUUGCAGCGAGCACACAGGAUUGGUCAAACGAACCAUGUCCUGUCAAUAAACUUAGUUACAAGGCAUACUGUGGAGGAGGUUAUUAUGCAAAGAGCAAAGAGGAAAUUGCAGCUUAGCCAUGAUGUUGUAGGAGAUGAUGUCAUGGAAGAGGACAGAAAAGAAACAGGAGGAAUUGAAAAUGGUGAUUUGCGAUCUGUCAUAUUUGGGUUGCAUAGGUUUGAUCCUUUGGAGGUCAACAAUGAAAAAUCAAAUGAAUUAAAUGCCUCAGAAUUGAAAGCUUUGGCACAGAAAGUAAUUGCUCUGCGAUGUGACCAGAUAUUGGACAAAGAUGAUAGAAAGUUUGAGGUCAAUCCUAUUGGUCAAGAAAAAGGACUUGAUUUUGUUAGUGGAGGAGAAUCUGCUCUUGCAAGCUAUGAUCCUGGUCUUGAUGAGGCAUCAUAUCUAUCAUGGGUUGAAAAAUUCAAGGAAACAUCACAAUCAAAUGAAAAUCUGGUUUUGGAUUUGGGAAAUAGAAGGAACUUGCCUGAUAAUAAGUAUCUUAAUCUUGAGGCUGCAAAGAAAAAGGCAGAGGAGAAAAGGUUGUCAAAGUGGGAGGCCCUUGGAUACCAUUCAUUAUCUGUUGGGGAUCCCAUCUACCCUGUAGAUGGGGAUGCAUUGUCAGACUCAGGUUUUGUUGAUUUUGUUGUUGGGGAUUGUACACAUCCAGAUAAGCUCUGCUUGUCCGAGCCCAGUGUCAUAUUCAGUUGUGUAGAUGAGUCUGGACAGUGGGGCCAUGGAGGAAUGUUCGAUGCACUGGCCAAACUGUCUUCAAGUAUCCCUGCUGCAUAUCAACGAGCCUCUGAAUUUAGGGACCUUCAUCUUGGUGAUGUCCAUCUUGUAAAAAUUAUUGAGGAUACUGAUGGGCAGAACAUGGAAGGUGAUACUCCACGGUGGGUUGCUUUGGCUGUUGUACAAUCUUAUAAUCCCAGGCGCAAAGUGCCUCGUAGUGAGAUCUCUAUUCCUGACUUGGAGGCUUGCCUGUCCAAGGUGUCUUUUGCUGCAGCUCAAAAUUCAGCCUCAAUCCACAUGCCUCGUAUUGGUUAUCAAGAUGGAACAGAUCGCUCACAGUGGUAUACUGUUGAACGUCUUCUACGAAAAUAUGCUUCUGUUUUUGGAAUAAAGAUCUACGUGUAUUAUUAUCGACGAUCAUCUUGAGGCUUGUGCUCUGUCCUCUGAUACCAUGGCCGCUCAGUUGUAGCUCAAAGAACAGAGUAGAAAUCGUUAUGUUUUUGUAUGAUUUAGCCUUUUCAGUAAACAGUAAACUUUUUUACAGCUGGGUCAUCUGGUGGAAGCGAAUGAAUUAUGGGUUUACUUAUGUGUGAACCAAAUAGAAGCGAAACUCAGCUAAUGUUUUUGACAGACUGUUCAGUUCCGUUUCCACCCAGUUAGCAGUCAUUGAACCCAGGUUAGCCUAGACCUCCAUCUUAGUUUUGUAGAAAAUUUGAUUUUUUUUGUGCGAUUUUGAGUUUAUUUGUCUUACUUUUGACCUGAAGUCGUUUGUUGUGAAUAAUAGAUUUAGUAUCAUUUAACUGGUUA